GCUCACCGAGUGAUCAGCAAACGAGAUUGUUAAUUUCUUCAAGCUCUCUCUCCUUCUCUCUCUCUCUCUCUCUCUUUCUCUCUUUCUAUCACAUAAAUCUUCCCGUCGAAUAGUAAAUAAUAAACUGACCAUCAACUGUGUUGACCAUCAUUCACAAUUAGUUAAUUAAAGUGCAUUUGAGGCGAGAAAAAGUAAGAAAAACAAAAUGUUACCCGUCCGUUUGUUUGGUAAUUCAGUUAAACUAUCGGGGAGUCAUUUGAUUGCUGGUGGACCUAAAUCGUUACCAUUGACCAGUUCUCGUUCAAAAUCAACUCUAACGGAACCAAAUGAUUGGGCGAACCAAACAGUGGACACAAUUGCGAGCGAAGGGAUUUCGUUUACAGAGACAAGGAAACACAAGAUGGACGGUGACACAGUUUACCAUCAGAACCUUGACCAGGAUCAAUAUGAAUCUCUGAGUAGAAUUGAUUCAAGUAACGAUAAACAAGAUGGACGAUUCCAUGUGUAUGAUCCCAGUUCCAUUGGAUUAUCAGGAGUGAUGCAAACCAAUGUACCCGAACCUUUUGACCCAACAAUUGAUGACAAUCAAGAGGCUUUUCUGGUUGACCAUGCAGCUUCUUUGAAUAUGCCCGGAGGGUCAAUUGGUCAGAAGACAAAGUAUCUUAGUGGUCAGCUGAAUAUGCUGGACAUUGACCAGUCUCGACAUUGAACAAAUCUAAAAGAUAAACGAUAAUCUCAAGUUUCUUCAUCGUUACUAUUAGAGUAAUAACUCUGAUUACCUUGACAAUUAACUAAAUUAUCUCAUAAUUUGUGUACUUUGACUUUCACUCGAUCGUCAAUUUGAUAACAAUUUAAGUUAAUCAUUGUUUCUAACUCUUGAUUAACUUUUCAUCAACAUAAUGACAUACUUUUGAUUUAGAAACUUAAUUUUAUGUCAUCAAGAUAAUCAACCCAAAUUGUAAUCCCUAAUUAACUCAUAUAUUUAUUAAUAUAAUUAAAGUUAAUCUGAAGCAGAAAAAA